AUGGUGGUUCUACUGAACACACGCCGUCGUUUUGUUCUUCUACUUGCAACAGUCUUUUGCUUCUCCUUUAGGCUAUGUUUCGGCGAAGACAGAAUCACGUUCACAACUCCGAUCAAAGACUCAAACUCAGACACACUAAUCUGCAAAAGCGGCGUGUUCAGGUUCGGUUUCUUCACUCCCGUAAACUCAACUGCUAAAUUACGUUACGUUGGGAUAUGGUACGACAAGAUGCCAAUCCAAACCGUGGUUUGGGUCGCCAACAAAGACUCUCCCAUCAACGACACUUCCGGCGUCGUCUCCAUCUCCUCCGAAGACAGAAACCUCGUGGUCACCGACGGUCGAAACCGCACUCUAUGGUCAACGAACGUCACAGUACCAGUAGCUCCAACUACUACAUGGGUCCUGCUCAUGGACACCGGGAACCUUGCGUUACAAGACAGCAGAAACAACGGGGAGACUCUCUGGGAGAGUUUCAAGCAUCCUUACAACUCCUUCUUACCCAAAAUGACCCUCGGCACCAACAACAGAACCGGAGAGAAUCUCAAACUCACUUCUUGGAAAAGCUACACAGAUCCUUCCACGGGGGACUACACAGCUGGUCUUGCUCCUUACACGUUCCCCGAACUUCUCAUCUGGAAGAACGACGUCCCUAUCUGGCGCAGCGGUCCCUGGAACGGUCAGGUUUUCGUCGGUUUGCCCGACGUGGACUCUCUUCUGUUUCUCGAUGGGUUUAAUCUCAACAAUGAUAACCAGGGAACGGUUUCGAUGUCGUAUGCUAAUGGUUCCUUCAUGUAUCAUUUCAACUUGGAUCCUGAUGGAGCUAUCUACCAGAGAGACUGGAGAGCUCCCAUGAGAGACUGGAGGAUCGGUGUACGGUUUCCAAAGACAGAUUGUGAUGCAUAUGGUAAGUGUGGCCCGUACGGGAUCUGCAAUUCAAGGGAGGAUCCACAAUGUAAAUGCGUUAAAGGGUUUGUGCCGAGUAAUGCCACGGAGUGGAGUGCGAGGAACUGGAGUAAUGGGUGUGUGAGAAGAGCUAUGUUGAAGUGCAAUGCAAGUAACGGUGGUGGUCGUGGUGUAGGAAAAGGAGAUGGGUUUAUGAAACUGGAGAGGAUGAAAGUGCCGAUCAAUGCAAUACAGUCUCUAGCUAACGAGCAGGCUUGUCCACAGCAAUGUACAGAUAACUGUAAUUGCACGGCUUAUGCUUAUGAUAAAGGGAUCGGAUGCAUGCUUUGGAGCGGUAGCUUGGUUGAUAUGCAAUCGUUUGUUGGAAGUGGCAUUGAUCUUAAUAUUAGGCUUGCUCAUUCUGAACUCAAAACACAUAGCAGCCUAGCAAUUGUGAUCACAGCAUCCGUGCUAGGUGCUGCGUUCGUUGCUGCUGUUUGUGUUCUUUUAGCAUGCAGGAGAUUCAGAAAACGUCCAGCAGAACCAAAGAAAGAUAGAAGUGCGGAGAUAAUGUUUAAGAGAAUGGAAGAACUUACUAGUGGUAAUGAGUCUGCUUCUAACCAAGUGAAGCUCAAGGAGCUUCCUCUCUUUGAGUUUCAAGUGUUAGCCACAGCAACUGAUAGCUUCUCUCUCAGAAACAAGCUCGGACAAGGAGGGUUUGGUCCUGUUUACAAGGGAAAAUUGCCGGAAGGGCAAGAAAUAGCAGUGAAGAGGCUCUCAAGGGCAUCAGGACAAGGACUUGAGGAGCUUAUGAACGAAGUGGUUGUCAUUUCGAAGUUGCAACAUCGGAAUCUGGUGAAGUUACUGGGGUGUUGCAUUGAAGGUGAAGAGAGGUUGUUAGUCUACGAAUAUAUGUCAAAGAAAAGCUUGGAUGCAUAUCUAUUUGACCCAUUGAAGCAAAAGAUUCUUGACUGGAAGACACGGUUGAACAUAAUGGAAGGAAUAUGCAGAGGUCUUUUGUAUCUUCACAGAGAUUCAAGACUAAAGAUCAUACACAGAGAUCUAAAAGCUAGCAACAUUUUGUUAGAUGACAACCUGAAUCCCAAAAUAUCUGAUUUUGGGCUUGCAAGAGUUUUUCGAGCUAAUGAAGAUGAAGUUAACACAAGAAGGGUUGUAGGAACUUAUGGCUAUAUGUCACCGGAAUAUGCAAUGGAAGGUUUAUUUUCAGAAAAAUCAGACGUUUUCAGCUUGGGGGUUAUACUUUUAGAGAUCAUAAGUGGGAGAAAAAACUCUCACAAGGAAGAGAAUAAUCUAAACCUUUUGGCUUAUGCGUGGAAGCUUUGGAAUGAGGGUGAGGCUGCUUCUCUAGCAGAUACAAACGUCUUUGAUGAGUCUUUCGCGAAAGAGAUAACGAAAUGUGUACAGAUCGGUCUAUUAUGUGUGCAAGAAGUUGCAAACGAUAGACCAAAUGUUUCAACCGUUAUUUGGAUGCUAACCACCGAAAACACGAACCUCAAAAAGCCGAAGCAGCCUGCGAUUAUAGGAAGAAGAGGAGCUUCUGAGGCUGAAUCUUCUGACCAGAGUAGUCAAAAGGUCUCUAUCAAUGAUGUGAGUCUCACAGCUGUAACAGGGCGCUAAGCUCAUAGAGCUAAUAUUUUUGUUUAUAUAAUGUAUGUUUUGAGAAUCACAUAUGCUUGCAAAUUCUGUUAUUCUGUGCAUGUUUAAUGGUUUGGUUAAAUAAUAAAAAAUGUAUUUCAGGGAAGUUAUAUU